AUGCCCGCCGAUCCUGAGGGCCCCAAGCGGGGCGAACCCUCCGCCGCUCAAUCCGCUUCCGCAAAGCCCGCGGAGGCAAAAUCAACUGCGGGAGGGGCGGCGUCCGCGUCAGGCGCUGCAGCGCCAAAAAAUGAACCAGCUCCGGCGCCGUCGAAUGCGGUGGUCAAAUCGGCCGCGCCUGGCGGGAAAGCGGCAGCGCCGGCGGCAGCUUCUGCGCUUGUCGCUGCGAAGCCGGCGGGGACCACGGUAGCAGCAACGGUCCCAGCAAAAGCAUCAACAGCGGCAUCUGCUGCGACGAAGCCCGCUACUGCGACGGCCUCUGCGACGAAACCCUCGUCUGCGACAGCAGCUCCGGUGAAGCCCUCGGCAGCUGCGACGAAGCCUCCGGGCGUGGCGACGGAGGCGACAAAGACGCCCGGAGCAACGAGUACCGCUCCAGUCGCGAAACCCACAGUAGCAGCAACAGCAGCAGCAGCAGCAGCUGCCAGCGCAGCAGCGAAACCAGCAACGGCUGGCGGAGGAGGAGGAGGAGCGAUUCCCGCGUCGUCGACUAAGGCGGUCUCGACAGCUCCAACAGUCAAACCUGCAACGGUUCCUCACGCCGCAGGCACUCCAGCGGCGUCUAGUCAAGCAACGGAGACUCGAGUUGUGUCGGCUCAAGCCGCGAAAGCAGCGCCAACUACGGCAGCAGCCAAACCUGCUGCGCCUGCUACCGCUGGCGCAAAACCCGCAGGAGCGCAAGGCAAACCUGCUGCGGGUGCAGCGGGCGGACCUGCGCCUGCAGGAGCAGUGGCGGGGGCAGCGGCGGGAGCAGGGGCGGGAGCAGCGGCGGGGGCAGCGACGAAAGCUGUUCCGUCGCCGAAGCCUGCUGCGCCUGUGGCGGGAGCGGCGAAACCGGUCGUUGCGACGGCUCCAGUUGCGAAAGCGACCAUUGCGACGUCGUCAGGAGUGAAGGCUGUUCCGACGAUCGCCACUGCGACGAACGCCCCUGCGACAAACGCUCCUGCGCCUGCCUCUGCAACGAAGCCUGCUGCUGCGACGGGAACUCCGAUGGUGAAAGCUCUCGCGGCACCCGCGUUGGUGGCGAAGGCGUUGCCCGUCGCGACGGCUUCUGCGACAAAGACGCCCCCUGCGACAGCCCCAGUGGCGAAACCAAGAGCCACGUCACCUCCUGCAGCGAAAGCGAGAGCCACGUCACCUCCUGCAGCGAAACCAAGAGCCACGUCACCCCCUGCAGUGAAAGCUAUGGCUGCGCCUGUCGGCGGAACAAAACCCGCUGCUGCUGCAAGUUCCGUGCCUACCCCGGGGAAGGCGGAAGUGGGGACUGGCGCUGAGGCAAAAGCGGAUGGCGCAGUGAAGGUUGGCGCGCCCACUGCUGCGGCAGCGGGGAAAACAGCGCAGCCAGCCGCGGGGAAAGCCAGCUUGUCUUUAUCCCCCGCAGGCGCAGCUACGGGCGCAGCUGCAGGCGCUGCUGUAGGCGCAAUUACGGGCGCAACCAAGGGCGCAACUAAGAGCGCAACUACGGGCGCAACUACGGGCGCAACUGCAGGCGCAAUUACAGGCGCAGCUACGGGCGGAAGCGGAGCAGGAGGUGGCGGAAGUGCGGGAGCAGUGGCGGGGGAGAAAGGAGGGCAAGCGAAGACGAGUGGUGGUGAGACCACUGGAGGUGGUAAGUGCAAGGAGAAGGAUGGGAGUGGGCAAGUGGGUAAGGAGGAGGAUGGGGCGGGCAAAGACGGUAAGGAAGGGACGGAGGGAGGGAAGGAGAGUAUAGAUGAGAAGGAUAAGAGCGGUGGCGGUAAAGGGGAAGAGGGGGGUGGGGGUAAGGGAGUUGAGGUAAAGGGGGAUGGGGCGAAGAAGGGGGAGCAGAGCGCAGUGGUUGUUGUAGGGGGGAGGGCAGAGGGGAGAGAGGGAGAGGGUGGAAAAGAACUGGAAGGAGGUACAGCUGAUAAGGGAGAAGCGAAGGGAGACGAGAAGGGUGAGAAGAAGGGAGAAGGAAAGGGAGAAGGGAAGGGAGAAGGGAAGGGAGAAGGGAAGGGAGAAGAUAAGGGAGUGACAGGGGAAAAGAAGGAAGAAGGAAAGACGGGAGUGAAGGUGGAAGGGAAGGGAGGAAAGGCGGGAGAAGGAAGUGUGGAAGGGAAGGGGAAAGAUCAGCCAAGCGAAGUGACAAUGUCAAAUGCGAGAGGAGUAGCUAAGGAUGUAGAGUCAGGACAAGAGAAAGGUGUGGGGAAGAAGAUUGAGGAGAGAAAGGGGGAUGAGAAGAAGGGAGAGGUGGAAAAGAAGGUGGAGAAGGGAGAGGAGAAGAAGGGAGAAGAGAAGAAGGGAGAAGAGAAGAAGGGAGAAGAGAAGAAGGGCGAAGAGAAGGAGGGCGAAGAGAAGGAGGGCGAAGAGAAGGAGGGCGAAGAGAAGGAGGGCGAAGAGAAGGAGGGCGAAGAGAAGGAGGGCGAAGAGAAGGAGGGCGAAGAGAAGGAGGAAGAAAAGAAAGGUGAGCAAACAGAAGAGAAGGAGAGGGACGAGAAGCAGAAGAUUCUUGAAGUGAGGGAGGGCAAUGUGUUGAAGCCCCACGUUGAAAUCGCUCAGAAGUCUCAAGGGGAGGGAGACAGGGAGAGCGACGGGAAAUCGAAGGAUGCAGGGCCGGAAGCGACAGAAAAGAAGGAUGGGGAGGUGGGAAAGGAGGGGGUACGAGGAGUCGAAGCUGGAAAGGUGGAAGGAGAGAAAGAAGGGAAGCAGGGAAGGGGGAAAGGACAGCAGAUGGAAGAGGAGGAAGAGAAGAAAGAGGAAGGAGAUGAUAUGGAUGUGGAUGCGAGGGAAGGAGGAAAGGAGGAGGAGAACGAUAAGAAAGGUGAGAAGGGCGGGAAAGAGGGUGUGGGUGUUGCAAAGAAGAGAAAGGUGGAGGAAGAGGAGGGAGGGGAAGGAGGGGAGGAGAAGGGAGGUGAGGCGAAGAGGAGGGAGGCCCAGAAGGAGAAGGAAGAGAAGGAGAAGGAGGAGAAGGAGCUUGAAUCGGAAGAGGAAGAGGAGGAGGAAGAGGAGAGGGAGGAAGAGAGGGAGGAAGAAGAAGAGGAGGAGCAAGACGAGGAGGAUGAGGAGGGGGAGGAGGAAAAGGAGGAAUCAGAGGAGGAAUCGGAGGAGGAAGAGAAGAAACCUGCACAGGGAAGGAGGGCUUCUGGGGACUCAAGCGCAGGCAAGGGCGCAAGAGACGGGGGCAGGGCCAUGGGCGGAAGGCGGGGCAGCGUGGGUGGUGCAGGGGGAGCGGGGGGCGCGGGGGGAGCGGGGGAGAGUGAGGCGGAGGGGGUGGUGCUGGGGAAGCGGCAGCGGAAGCCUAAUGUGCGUCUGGGGGAGCUUAUUUCCGCUAGUGCCCGCCUUGGCUCCUCUGCGGCUGUUGCUGCUGCUGUUGCAGCAUCGGGAGGGGCAGCAGGAGGGGGGAAAGAGAGCGCUGUUUCUCCUGCUGGGAAACGAGCUAAAACUGGAGGUGCUCAGACUCCUGUGGGGGGGAAGAGUAAGAAGGAGGGGGAGGGGGGAGAUAAGAAGGGGACACAGAGGUCUGGGGGAAAGGCGGGUGGGGGUAAGGAGGUGGGUGGGGCUAAGGGGAAAGAUGGGGGGAAGCAGGCGCAGGGAAAGGGACAGAAGGGAGGGAAGCAGGGGGAUGUGGGGAGGAAGGGGGGAGCUGGGGAGCUGGGGAAAGGGGAUGAGAAGAAAUAUUCUCCUGCACGCAAGUCCCCCACCCCUAAGAUCCGUCCUAUUCCGCAGGACAGCAGAGGCUUUGGGGGGAAAGAGGUGGGCGCAAGGGGAAAGAUGGCUGUAGCAGCAGCUGCUGGGAUGGGCAAAGGGGGGAAGGCUGUAGCGGCUGAUGACCAUGCUGCUGCUGCUGUUGCAACUGGGAGAGUGGCAGACGCAGAAGUGGGGGCGGCUGCUAAGGCAGGGGCGAGUGCAGGCGCAGGUCGUGGGAAGAGCAAUGGGAGGAGCGGUAAGAAGGUGGCCCAAGCGGAGGAGGCUCACGGGGACAAGAACGACGCUGGCACCGCAGGCACAGCAGGCACAGGAGCAAGCCCCGGAGCGGAAUCAAAGCUAGGGUACCUGGAUCGCAUGAAGAGAGGGCGCGAGCGGAUCAAGGCGGUGGGGGGGGUGGGCGCAUGGCUAGGGUCCCUCGGCCUGGCCCGAUACAGCAGCACAUUUGAGGAGAACGAGGUGGAUGUUGAGGCUGCCACUGUGCUUACUGCCGAUGAUCUGAAAGACAUGGGUGUUGCGCUUGGGGCGCGCCGCAAGCUGCUCUCGGCACUCUCCGCCGCGCUGCUCCCCGCCCUGCCCGCGCUCGCGGACAUCGCGGAGGAUGUUGCGGGGGCGGCGGAAGCGGGCGGCGCGGAGGACAUUCCCGCGGUCUUGGUCGCUGCGGGGGCGGUGGCUGGCGCGGGGGCGGUGUUCGCGGGAGUGAAGGCGUACGCGUACUUCCGACUGCAGUUCCUAGUGGCGCGUUUCGUGGGCCGGCACGUGCCACGUGGCGGCGCGGUAGUGCUGGAUUUCCGCGCGGGGAGCGGCAGGAACAUCUACUACCUGCCUGAUGACGUGGACAAGCUGCUGGCCAUGCAGUCAGACGUGCAGCCGAGCCUGCUGAAACAACAGGCCAUCUCAUCAGGAGUGGCGAUUGAAGUGCUGCCAGACGGCCUCACCGCACUCAACCGCAUUGAAUCGGCCUCUGUCGACGCCGUGAUCACAGUGGACGGCUUCAAGCGUCUCACACCAGCUGAAGCCACCACAGCUGCUGCAGGCAUCGCUCGAAUCCUCAAACCAAACCGGGUAUGCGCCCCGGAUGUUUCUUGCUUCCACCACUGCACUCUCACUCCCUGUGGGCAGCAUACAUUCGUUUCUCGGCCUGAGUGUGCUGUUGCGUGUGCUGUUGUGUGUGCUGUUGCAUACGCUGUUGCACAUGCUGUUGCGGGUGCUGUUGAAUGUGUGGUUUUGUACCGCUGCAUGUAUCCACGGCAUCGCACAGCACCACUGACUCAUUAUCCUACCUCACAACUGUCCCGCACCUGUUCAUACCCCUCCUCUUUCUCUAACCACCUUUCCACACCCUCUCGUUUCCAGUCCCCCUUUCUCUUUCCCUCCCCACCCCUUUACGCCCCCCUCUUCCCCCCUCAUUUCACCACUCACCCCACUUCCACCCUUCCUUCCACCUCCAACCCUUCCCUCUUCACAGCCGCUGAUAUUCAUGGAGGCAUGUAA